CUAGAUAAGAGUAAUAUGCAAGUAAUAAACUUUUUAAUCCGUUUGGGAAUUUUGAUCCCAGAACGUCGACAGUCGGUAUUGUCAACUGUCAAGUGAAUGAAGUGAAUUCUAUUUUUUCUGAAUUUACAAAUCCAAAUUGAAAUUUACAUUUAUUCCCAUUUAUUAUGACGUCAACAAUAUUCGAAUAGAUAAAAAGUAUUUUUUUUUUCGUGAUUUUAUAAAAGCUCUCGUGAUCUCGAGUGAAUUUUAAUCUACAAUUAUAAGUGGGGGAAAAAGUGACAAAAGCACAAGAUAUACUGGAAUAAAAAUUGAAAGAAAUGGAAUAUUAACAAUUGAAUAACAAUAAAAAUACAGUUGAUAUGCAGGCAAGUAAAAAUACAAAAUAUUGUUUUGAAAUGGCCAAAGUACUAAUUUCAGUUUCUAAAAAGAAUUGCAAUUUAUUGCAAUUUUCAUCUCGAAUUCGAAGAGGAAAUUUUUAUUCAACUGACAGCGGGAAUAAAUUAUUUCCAUUAUCUGGAAUUAGGGUCAUGGAUCUAACGAGAAUUGUCGCUGGACCGUAUUGUACGAUGCUUUUAGGUGAUUUAGGUGCGGAAAUUUUGAAAAUUGAAGAACCUGGUAUUGGCGAUCAGACACGACAAUGGGGACCAUUUUUUGGUAAUUCAAAAAAAGCGACAGCCUAUUUUGUCAGUUUGAAUCGUAAUAAAAAAAGUGUUUGCAUCGAUUUGAAAAGAGGCAAGGAAAUUAUUUACGAUUUAGCACAAAAAUCUGAUGUUCUUAUUGAAAAUUAUGUACCUGGAAAAUUAUCCACCUAUGGAUUAAAUUACGAGGAAAUUCAUAAAAUUGCUCCACAUUUAAUUUAUUGUUCAUUAACUGGUUAUGGGUACAAAGGUCCCUAUAGAAACAGGCCAGGUUACGAUGUAAUUGCGGCGUCUUACGGUGGACUAUUGGAUAUUACAGGACCAGAGGAUGGUCCUCCAUGUCGUUCGGGUGUUGCUUUAACUGACAUUUCAACGGGUUUAUAUGCACACGGUGCAAUAAUGGCGGCUUUAAUUCAAAGAUCAAGAACAAAAAUGGGCCAAUGGAUCCAAUGUGAUUUAUUGUCGACGCAAUUUGCAAAUUUAAUAAAUGUUGGAUCGGCCUAUUUGAAUGCAAAUCAGGAGGCAAAAAAAUGGGGUUCUGCUUUAGAUAGCAUUGUUCCCUAUGAGGCAUUCAAAACAAAAGAUGGAUGGUUCACAGUUGGCACUGGAAGUGAUGCACAAUUUAAGGAUUUAAUGAAACGAAUGAAACUCGUGGAGUUGAUUGAUAAAUAUGAGAAAAAUGCAAUAAGAGUGAAAAAACGAAUUGAACUGGUGGAAAUAUUGAGAGGAGUUUUUAAUAAGAAGACAAAUGAUGAGUGGUCGGAGAUUUUUCAGGGUUCUUCCUUUCCUUAUGCGCCUGUUAAUAAUAUGAAGAAUGCGUUCGACGAUGAGCACAUUAAGGAAAUUGGAUUAGUGGAAGAAGUGGAAAUUCCCGACGAAGGAAGAGUUAAAAUAGUUGGACCCGCCGUCAAUUUCAGUGACAGCAGAAAUGAAAUUCGCUCACCGCCUCCAAAAUUAGGGCAAAAUACUCGAGAAGUCAUGAAAGAUAUUUUGCAAUAUCCUGAAGAUUCUAUCAACAGUUUCUUAAAACAGGGCAUUAUACGAUAGAUAUUUUUUUAUCUUCUUUUCUGGAAUUUAGAAAAAUUUGUCUUUAAAUUUUUUCACUAUUUUUAAAAUUAAAAAAUUUAUUUUUAAUUCUUUUGAAACUUGAAUG